AUGAGAAAUUAAAAGUAAUUAGCUUGUUAAAUGGAAAAUUAGAUUCUUUUGAUUGAUGAAGAAAAUCAACUGAGCCAUUCAAACAACAUUUAAACCUCAGUUGAAGAUUUCUAUUUUCUUAUCCAAAAUUUGACUUAUGAAGAGUUCCUUUCACAAAAUUUUGAAAGAAUUAAACUUUAUUCAGAAAAAGACGACAACAAAUAUCAAACUGCUUUUUGGCAUUUAGAUGUAAUUCUAAACUAAAAGAUUUGUAUGUAUCAAUAAAAAGAAGAACAACCAAUUCAAAAAAUUCUCCAGACAAAAGGUAAUACCAUCAAAAUGUUACCAAAUCAAGUAAAUUUGACAAUAAGGUAUACACCACUACUAGAUUGGAACUUAAACUCUCCUUAAAUUAAAUUAGAACUAACCUAAAAAUAAGAAAAUAUCCAAGAACCUCAUUAAAUGAAAGGUUUAAGUAAAUAAUAACUUAAGCAAAUAAAAGAUUUCGGAUAUUUUUAUGUGUAAUUGAAUAAUUCAAUUGAAAGAUGGAAAAUCUCAGAAUCGUUUUAUACUCCAAAGAACAGUCUUUAAUAUAGCAAUUAAUUGCAAGUUUUAAAAUAAAGUUUGACAAAAUCUCUCAAAAUUCUUUACAAUGAAUAGAAUAUACUUGGUUAUAAGAAUUUAAGAAAAAAAGAAUUCGAAGAUUUUAGUUUAAAAAAUAUCUCUUUACUCUAAGGAGUUAUAGGAGUUAUAAAUAUUCCAUAUUAAUUGUUUGGUAUUUUAUUCGGAGUUCCCAUGUACAAAAAAGAUUCAUAAAUUAUAAAAGAAAAAAUGACUAUGGAAGACUUUGUAGAAUCUUUAAAGAAAUAAUUAAACAUUACAUCUAGUAAGAAAGUUGCUGACUACUUAGAGCUAAUUUAAUGCUUAAAUAUAUCUCCUAUAGCCUAUUUAUAUGAAUCAAUCCAAAAGUUUGAAGGAGGAGAAAUUACUUUAUUUAUAGUCAGUUAGGCCUGCAAAUUAUAUUUAGUAAGACUUCUAAAUAUGGCCAUAAAACAAUUUACUAAGAAUUUUAAGAGAUAAAAUACUAUAUUUAGUAAAGACGGAGUCGUAAUGAAGAAAAUGCUGAUGAUAGUGAUGAUGAUGAUAAUGAUGAUGGAAUAUUUGGUCCUUGCUGUAGCAGAUUUAACUGAUCAUGAUUAUUAUAAUCCUAUUCAUAUUUACUGCUUACGUAUGUUAUAUUAUGUUGCUACUAAUAAUCAUCGCUGCUUAUACUCUUAUAAAUGUAUUCAUAUAUGA